GGAUCUUCAUCCCUCUGUAAGUGGCGUUCAGAGGGGCAGGUUGGGGCAACCUACGAUCAUUGCCACCGUGACUCCGACAGAGCAGGUUGGUAUAGCAUAGCUAGCCAGCGCGGUUUUCUUUUUCCCUGGUAGCGCCUAGCAGAAAUUCCUAUACACAAUCGAUUCACGAAUUCGCGCCGUCCAGAUGUCCGGGUUGGGCGGCUACAAGUCCCAGCGUGGGCAGUACCGGAAGAUUGUCGGCGAGCACGACGACGAAGACUGCGACAAGGCUAACCCGCAGGACGAUGGCGACGAGUCCGACGGCGCCGCAAUACCCUCAGGCGCGGCUAGGGUGAUCUCGAGAACCAAAGCGAGCCACAGAACCACGCAUAUCUACCGGCUGCUCCUUUUCGCCCUCAUCGGAUUUAACCUACUGGUAUCGAUCGUUCUACUCUGGGUCAUCAUAGUACUCGCACAGCGCGCGCCGCACGCGCCAGCCGACGCCGGUGUGCAGCUUCUGGGCCAAGCCGAAAUCCCGGUUGAGAUGGAGCUCUACCGGUUCCGCACCGGCGUGAGGGAGAAGACGCCCUUCUUCGGCGCGCCAAAUGCGUCGACGGAUGCUGCCUGGGACACGAUUCUUGACGCCGGGCUGGUCAGGCUCACGGCGGCGCAGGCCGAUAAAUUGAGCGCGCCGACAGCCAGGAGCCAACAAGAUCCGACGUCCUACGUCGGCAUUCUGGAGGUAUUCCAUCAGCUGCACUGCCUGAACAUUCUGCGGAAACGGCUCUACGCUUCAGACCCGGCAGUCCAGCUUGGCGACUCAUUUCACACAGCACAUUGCUUCGACUACAUCCGGCAGAGUUUGAUGUGCCUCUCGGACGUCAACAUUGCCCCCAUCAGCUGGAGCGAGAGAAAGGGCGAGUACGCGAUCCAUUGGGAUACGGUCCGGCAAUGUCGCAACUUUGAAGGGAUCCACAAGUGGGCGUUGGAUAAAUCGCACCACGAAGUUGAGUAGGCGUGAUGUGGCGCCGGGGGGUUUGGACAGGGCGUCGGAGUAGGUAGGCCAGCAAGCAACACGAUGAUGGGCAUGAUCCGACCAGAGCAGCAUUAAAUGAUCCCCUCGAUACUGUAGCCAUGUAUAAAUAUUUCGUCAACCAGUUACGCCCCUGUCAGGUACUAUUUGCGGCAUCUACCCUCACACCAGUGAUAUUGUUAAAGAUACUCUGGAUGCCGUGAUAACAUAGUAUCAACAUAUACGGGUGGAUCAAAACACAAACCUCGAAUAAUGGAGCAUAUGUCAUAUAUCUCAAGCUCAGCAUGCUACGGGCACAGUAUAUUAGGUGUUCUCACAUAUCUCAAGGCUGUGUUUAGCCUUGUAGGUCAUGGGGAAGGCCUUAGUGAUGCACCUACCACGCAUCGCGAUACUCUACAUAGACAUGUAGACAGCGGCUUUUUGGGCCUUCGUCUCAUUGCGG